UAGUUGAAAGCAGGGCAAAAAAAGAUGCAGAAGACAUUAAGAAGAAUAAGAAAAGAGAAUGAAGAAACAAUGUGUGCUGGAUGUCCCCUGCAUUUACACCACAGUGUCUGCCACGGUACAAACAGGAAAUGAAUUGCCUUUUUAAAAUAUUUGGUCAGAUUAAAUGUGGUAAAUGAUGUUCACACACUUGAAGAAGACAGGCUAUCUUUACACAAUCUUUUCACAGAAUUCUUGUAAGCGAGGAAAUAAACUCAGUUUUAUCAAGGAGUCUCAGUAAAAUGGACAGAAACAGCAGUUGUAACGAUACAUUUGCAGUGGUCUUGUUACCUCCUAUCUAUGGUGUAGAGAUGUGUGUGGCACUGGUGGGGAACAUACUGGCACUGUGGCUGCUUGUGACUAAGGAGAAGAAGAACUGGCACACAGGAGUGGUGUUUUCCUGCAACCUGAUCAUCAGUGACAUCUUUUACGCCCUCACUCUCCCACUUCGGAUCGUCUACUAUUCAAGAGGACGGGUCUGGGGAUUUGGUGAAGCUCUCUGCAAAAUAGAGCGUUUUCUCUUCACCUGUAACCUCUAUGUCAGCAUUUACUUCAUCAUGUGCAUCAGUGUCCAUCGAUACCUGGCCAUCGUACAUCCAUUUUUCACACGCACACACAUUUGCCCAAAACGCGCCAAGAUCAUCAGUGUGUUCGUCUGGAUAUUUGUUGCAAGCAUUUCAGCUCCAGUCCUCUACUAUUCAGGUCUGAAUAAGGGCAGAUGUAACUUAUUUGCAAAUCUUAGCAAAUCAAACGUGUCUAACUCUAGGGUGUUUAUGGCUGUUACAGGCUGUUUGGUACCUUUUGUAGUUACGUUUGCAUCAUAUUUUGGUGUUUUGUGGGUGGUUUGCAAAAAUACAAGUAUCACUCCACUGGAGAAGAGAAAAGUUGCCCUGAUCGUGGGUUUAGUCUGCAUCCUGUAUGUUAUGUCUUUUGUCCCCUAUCACAUUCUGCAAAUAAGGAACUUUAAACUGAGAGAAGAAAAUAAGACUGAUUGUUAUGUGCGUAAUGGAUACCAAGUGUCAAAGGCGUUAGCAUGCCUGAACAUGUGCCUUCAUCCCAUCCUGUACAUGGCUGUGUUUGACAGUAUCAGAACAGUGUGCUGCAAAAGUAGCUCAAAUUAAUACAACCUGUGAAUUCACCAGUUGGACUCAUUCUGAAAAACAGCUUCUUAAACUGUCCAGAGUUUGUGUGGGUUUUUUUUUUUGUUGUUUUUUUUGUUCAUAAUAUGUUUAAUCAUGCUAUUUCUUUCAGGACCCACUGUGGUACUCUAUAAGACUGUAACAAUGCUAAGCUGCAGUUGAAGCUAAAUUUAUCACCGUGCUAAAUUGCAUCACAUUGAAAUAUUAAACAGCUUUCUAGAUAUCAUUUACUUUUUUAGGAUUUCCUUUAUAAACAAGAGUGGAACAUUCUGAAUGCUUACCAAGUCAAAAGUGUGUAAAAUAAUUCUCCAAAAGUGUGGCAGUAAAACAACUACACAGCCAACAGUGGUGCUGUGGCUAGAAACUGACAUUUCAAAAUCUAGACCACAAUAUGGUGUUACAGAUGUACAGUAGUAGAGGCACCAGAGACACUUUUGACCUGACAUUUUUCUUAGUGCAUAAAAGCAGGGCUCUCAAGACUUGAAGACAGGCAAGCAUGACAUCUCCAACCCCCCUGCUGUUUUCUGAUUAGAUAUUGUGUAGCCUCUUUUUUUGAUUGGCUGAUAAGUGUCAUUCCUGCCCGGUUCCAUAGUUUUUUAUUCAUUAAUCAUUAAUUUCAUAAAUAAAUUAUAUAUUCCUCCAUUACUGUCUGCAUUAUGCUUAAAAAUGUACUUUGUAUGUGUAAAACAAUCAUGUAAAUGCUUCUUGAAUAUUC